AUGGCAACUGAUGAAGUCAUGCAAAAUGGGGUAGAUGGUAGCCCCGAUAAUGAGGUACAAGAUGCCGAUCUUAAGGGUACUGAGGGUGCCAGUGAACUAGGAAAAGGUUCACCCAUGGAUCCAGAGUCAGACGAAGACGUACCAGUUGAGGCAGAGGAGCUUCAGGACGCUCUCACGCGGGCCCCUCCGGUCAACAGCAGCUACCUACCCCUCCCUUGGAAGGGAAGACUAGGCUAUGCAUGUCUGAAUACGUAUCUACGAUACUCGACCCCGCCCGUUUUCUGCUCCCGGACCUGCCGCAUUGCCUCAAUCUUGGAAAACAGACAUCCACUCUCGGAUCCUACGCAGCCCGCUCAUCCGACCAAGAAUCGUCCUGAUCGGGAUCAGCCCGCUGAUGUCGCGCGCGGUCAGGCGUAUGUUGAGGCUCUAGGCCUCACAAAUGCUCGCGAUCUUGUCAAAAUGCUGCGCUGGAAUGAUCGCUACGGAAUCAAGUUCAUGCGAUUGAGCAGCGAGAUGUUUCCAUUUGCGAGCCACAAGGAGUACGGCUACAAGCUGGCCCCCUUUGCCUCUGAAGUAUUGGCAGAAGCUGGUCGUGUUGUUGCCGAGCUCGGCCAUCGCGUGAGCGUGCAUCCCGGCCAAUUCACGCAACUUGGUUCUCCCAAAGACGAAGUGGUGGAAAGCUCUAUCCGAGAUCUAGAGUAUCACUCGGAGAUGCUCCAGCUGCUUAAACUGCCGCCUCAACAGGAUAGGGAUGCUGUCAUGAUACUCCAUAUGGGCGGCGUCUUCGGCGACAAAGAAGCCACUCUUGACCGGUUUAGAGAGAAUUAUAAAGGUCUAUCGCAGGACAUCAAAAAUCGGCUUGUCUUGGAGAACGAUGAUGUCAGCUGGUCGGUUCACGACCUCCUUCCCAUCUGUGAAGAACUGAACAUACCCCUUGUACUCGACUUCCACCACCACAAUAUCAUCUUUGAUUCGAGCCAGCUUCGCGAGGGGACGCUAGACAUCAUGUCCUUAUUUGAUCGAAUCAAGGCAACAUGGACCCGGAAGGGCAUCACGCAGAAGAUGCACUAUUCCGAGCCAGAGCCGUCUGCAAUUACGAACCGCCAGCGUCGAAAGCAUAGCCCCCGGGUUUCCACUCUUCCGCCCUGCGAUCCUACCAUGGAUCUGAUGAUUGAGGCUAAGGAUAAGGAGCAGGCUGUUUUCGAACUGAUGCGGACAUUCAAGCUGCCGGGUCACGAACUGGUCAAUGAUAUUAUACCUCACGUUCGUAAUGACGAAAACAGGCCACAUAAGCCGCCGAGAAAAACCAAGAAGAACGGAGGCUUUGUCGAUCUGGAGGGACUUGUUCCACCUCCUCGGACUGUCCCGGAAGAAGAAGUGGGUAUGGGUGGUCCAGAAGGGCGGGUCUACUGGCCGCCUGGCAUGGAGGAAUGGCUUCGACCGAAAAAGAUCGUUCGCACCAAAGCUAUCCAAAGUCCUCGCCGCACUCCUUCCACGAAGAAAGUAGCGGUCGAGAAUGGCGAUUCUGUGCCACAGGAAGAUGAGCCGAUUGGAAGCGCUCCAGCUACGCCGGUUUCGAAGAAGAGGACAACCAAUGCGAAGAAGCAGGUCUCCAGGAAACGGAAAGCUUCUCCGGAGCCCACUCCGUCAGCUUCAGAUGAAGAAGCACCCGAAGUUCCAGAGAGACCGGCUCUCAAGCGAUCCCAGAGCAGUGGUGUUCGUCGAAGCCGACGAGCAAAGAAGGUGGACUACACCGAAGAUGUAGAUUCGGUCUGA